AUGCGCUCUAACACGACGUCGAACGUGCACGGAUGCGCAGCUGAUUCGGUGCAGUUGGGAUGCAGCCGAAGCGACGCUGGAGAAGGUGCGAAAGAGGCGUGGGAGCUGCGCUGCGAUGACGUUGCAGAAAGGCUUCGAGCUGCUGAGCCCGUCCGCGUUGCUUUCGAGGCUGCAGGUGCGGUGUCGAUCCGAAGUGCUCGCGUGCUCGCGUGUGAGCGGAGCCAGGAGCUUGUUUGCAGCUCGAAAGCAACCGCCGCCGCCGCCAACCCCAACUCAAUCCGACGCAGCUCUCCAAACCCACGCAAAGAAGAGGCAAGCAGGGCGGACAUGCGUGUCGAGCUUCUUUGUCCAUCGGCGCGCGGGCGACGUGGGACUUUAAAGUUGAAGAGCAGCGACUGGCAGGGUCAGGAGGGCCGAAAGACCGAAGAGGAGGCGGCGGCGGCGGCGGCGGCGAACCAGCGUUGA